CAACUACACAAAAGCUCAUACAACAACAAAAAUAAUCCUACUUUGUCAACUUAGUUAUUCACCAAGAGCAACCAUGGUGAUCUUGUCCAAAGCAACCUCAUUCUUCAAUGGCGUUCCAUUAAUAGACCUCUCUAAACCCGACUCCAUGAACCUCAUUGUUAAGGCUUGCGAAGAAUUCGGAUUCUUCAAAGUCGUAAACCAUGAUGUCCCUAUGGAAUUCAUAAGUAAACUCGAAUCAGAAGCCAUCAAAUUCUUCUCUUCUCCCCUCCCUGAGAAACUUAAAGCCGGUCCCGCUGACCCUUUCGGCUAUGGAAACAAACAGAUUGGGAAAAAAGGCGAUAUCGGUUGGGUCGAAUACAUCCUCGUAUCGACAAACUCCGAAUUCAAUUACCAGAAAUUUGCAUCUAUAUCAAGUCUCAAUCCAGAAAACAUCCGGGCUGCGGUAAAUGAUUAUGUGACAGAGGUGCAGAAAAUGGCGUGUGAGGUUCUUGAAAUGUUGGCGGAGGGAUUAAAGAUUCAUCAGAGGAAUGUAUUCAGUAAGCUAUUGAUGGAUGAAAAAAGCGACUCAGUAUUCAGGGUGAAUCACUACGCGUCGUGUUCAGAGAUUGACGAAUUCAAUGGCAACAAUGUGAUUGGUUUCGGAGAGCAUACAGACCCACAAAUCAUAUCGGUAUUGAGAUCGAACAACACAUCGGGACUACAAAUAUUACUGAAAGAUGGGGAUUGGAUGUCCGUCCCACCAGAUGAAAAUUCAUUCUUCGUCAAUGUUGGUGACUCAUUGCAGGUUAUGACUAAUGGAAGGUUUAAGAGUGUGAAGCAUAGGGUGUUGGCAAACAGUGUGAAAUCAAGACUAUCAAUGAUAUAUUUUGGAGGACCACCAUUGAGUGAAAAAAUAGCACCAUUGCCAUCACUAAUGGAAGGAGAAGAUAGCAGCUUGUACAAAGAAUUUACAUGGUUUGAAUACAAAAAAUCAGCAUACAAAACUAGACUGGCUGAUAACAGACUAAUCCUUUUUGAGAAAAUUGCAGCCUCAUAAGUAUAAUAAUACUAAUAAUUACAUAUAUUUUUUUCUUAUCUAUAAAAAGUGACAAAGUCCCACCAUGUUAGGAAUUAUGGGUUGUCAAGAUGCUCAUUGUGAGCUUAAAAAGGAUAGUUGAUUGGAAUCCGGUAGUUGCAAACUUUGUAUUUUCUUUUUUGUCUUAAAUAUAUAUACUGUUUUGUAA